AUGAGUCGGUGGCGGCGUUCUGUGGACGAGCUGGCAGCACGGCGCCGACAGCAGGGCGAGUGUGAGCGCGCUCAGGACGCUCUCAGCCGCGUCACUUCCUGCUUCCAGCAGCUGGCUGCGUCAUUAGGAAGCUCAGCUGAUGGCAGCUUCCUGCGAGACGAGAUGGACGAGACGAGAGCGCUGGCUCAUCGCAUCUGCAGCGGUCUGUCCCGCCGCCUGCUGCGCCUGCUGUCAGACUGGGACUCCGCCCCCUCAGGUGUGGAGGACAGACAGGUGUCGGAGCGUCUGUGGGUUCUCUUCCUGUCGGCACUGGAGAAUUUUCUGUCUGACCUCCGUAAAGCGAGUGAUCUGAUUGGUCAGUUCCCUCUGACGCAGCGCUGCGAUCGACGCUCAUUGGUCAAUACAGGGUGCAUCGAUGGUGUUGUGGGCGUGGCGGCUCGGGUGGCUUCAGUCCAGGUGCCGUGGCUCACCUUGGAGGAGGAGCUGAGACCUGACCUGGCCAAUCAGAUCACGGGACUGGAGGCUCUGCUGAGUGAGAUGCAGCUGAGGGUUCCGGUUGCAUUCUGGUCGGUGGAGGCGACCCAGCCGGCAUGGGCUGAAGCUCGUGGUGAGCUGGACGAACCAGACGACAGCCUGGAGGACCUGAUGGAGGUCGAGGUCGUCUCCAACAACAACAAGAUGGUUGCCUGCUGCCAGCCGGCGUGCUGCGGACUCGGCUGCGUCGGGUAG